CGGGCGGCGGACGAUGGAACUCCAUAUCCUGGAGCACCGGCUGCAAGUUGCCAGCGUCGCCAAGGAGAGCAUCCCGCUCUUCACCUACGGCCUGAUCAAACUUGCCUUCCUGUCGUCCAAGACCAGGUGCAAGUUCUUCAGUCUAACUGAGACACCAGAGGAUUACACCAUCAUCGUGGAUGAGGAAGGCUUUCUGGAGCUGCCCUCCUCGGAGCAUUUGAGUGUAGCAGAUGCCACCUGGCUGGCCCUGAAUGUGGUGUCUGGUGGCGGCAGCUUCUCCAGCUCCCAGCCCAUUGGUGUGACCAAGAUCGCCAAGUCGGUCAUCGCCCCGCUGGCCGACCAGAACAUUUCCGUGUUCAUGCUGUCCACCUACCAGACGGACUUCAUCCUGGUGCGUGAGCGGGACCUGCCUUUCGUCACCCACACCUUGUCAUCGGAGUUCACUAUCCUGCGGGUUGUCAAUGGGGAGACUGUGGCCGCUGACAACCUCGGCGUCACCAAUGGCUUUGUGAAGCCCAAGAUGGUCCAGAGGCCAGUCAUCCACCCACUGUCCAGCCCAAGCAACAGGUUCUGUGUCACCAGCCUGGACCCUGAUACGCUGCCCGCUGUUACCACACUCCUCAUGGAUGUCAUGUUCUACUCCAACGGAGUGAAGGACUCCAUGGCUGCCGGUGAUGACUGUGGCCACAUACGCUUCUUCUCCUUCUCCCUCAUCGAGGGCUACAUCUCCCUGGUGAUGGACGUGCAGACCCAGCAGAGGUUUCCUAGUAAUUUGUUGUUCACAAGCGCGUCUGGAGAGCUGUGGAAGAUGGUGCGGAUCGGAGGCCAGCCCUUGGGAUUUGAUGAGUGUGGGAUUGUGGCCCAGAUCUCCGAGCCCUUGGCUGCUGCAGACAUCCCAGCCUAUUACAUCAGUACUUUCAAGUUCGACCACGCACUGGUACCAGAAGAAAACAUCAAUGGUGUCAUCAGCGCCCUGAAAGUCAGUCAAGCUGAGAAGCAUUAGGAUGGCCCCAUCUGCUCCCCAGUCCGGGCUCCAGCCCCCACCACCCCGAAGAUUGUUCUUGCAGUAUUUCUCAACAGACUGGAAGAUCGGCCCCAGAGACCCCAGAGAAGGGGCUUCUGGGAUACUCGCCUGAUUGCUGACUCCUCCAGGCCUGGGGCCCACGCCAAGGCCUCCUCCCCAUGACUCCCGCCCCACGCCUUCCCUGAGCCCCCAGACCCUCCUGAGAACUGCCUGUCUCCUUCCCAAACCCCACCCCCGAAAAUGGCUUCUGAGGCCCAGGCAGCUUGUGAGCGGUCAUCCUCUCAUCAUCCACACCAGCGGGCAGGUGCCAAAGGGAGCUGACUCCUCCUGCGAGACUCUGGGUCCUGUCUCUCGUGCUGUCCUGGGGGCUGGUGGAGGGGGGCUGCAUGCGUGGAGCCUGGGGAGGCCCCCGCUGCAGGGGGCUGCACGCAAAGCUCGCUGGUCUCAUCCAUCAGCUCAGGGCUGGUUCCAGAGUAGAGGCCAGUGGGCCACCCUCGGGUCAUAGUGGCUGCGGAGGUGGGACAGGAGCAUGGGUGGGCACCCAGCACCUCGCCGCCAACCACAGGCCUGCACCUAACUCCCAGCAGGACUGCCAAGAGGGACCCUGUCCAGCCACCCUCCCCAUGGGUGGGGUCCCAGGAGGCCCAGCAGCUGGGCCACAUGCUCCUGUCCUGUCUGCUUUCCCUCAGCCCUCCAGCAGACUGCACCUCAGUUUCCCCAUGUGGGGGCAUCCCCAGCAUUCGGGGCCCAGGGUCUCUUAGGUAACCCCCACCUCCCAGCAGUUGACUAGACCAGCAUAGGACCCCCUGUCCUUCCCCCUCCCCUGCCCACCCCUCCAUCCGGGGACCGUGGCAUUCAUGAGUACUUGACCUGGGAGGCAGCUUAACUGAGCCUUAAAGAGAAAACCGUAGCUUGUUUUAGUUUUUUAUUUAAUGCAUUUUCACCCAGGCUGCUGUUGGCAGGGUUUCAGUUUUCAGGGGUGGGGCCUGUUUUGAGUUCUCCCAGGGGACCCAGAGUAGAGGCUUCAGGUACAAACGUGAGAACCGGGCCUCGCCCUCUCUUCUCUGUGGGAGGCUGCUCCAAGAGAGCUGUGCCCUGUGGCACCCACGCGAGGCCUCCCAGCCCGCCACAGCAGCACGGGUCCAGGAAGCCACGGUUCUGCCUAUGCGUGGGGUGGGGGGUGCCAGGGGACCCAGGGUGACAGUGGAGGCCAGCAGAGCAGCAGCUGCCGGCUGACUGGGGAAACGGGCAGCCCCCAACCCCUUAAUGUCUGGGGGUGCUUCCUGCAUGAGCAGGACCAGAAGAGCCUGCUGGGUUGCCCCAGGACGCUCCCUGGUGCUUUGUAGGGCUGUAGCUGGUCGUGCUGUCUCUGAGAAGGCCAGAGAAGAAGGGCCGUUGCCAUGCUUUCUCUGAGCUGCGUGGGACCCUCCAAGCCUUGGAAGCCUGCCUGUUGGGGAGCUGUGUGUCAGACCAUUUUCAGAUGCCUGGGGCCUACAGCACAGAUCAGGAGCUCCCCCUUUCUAAGUUAAUUCAUUUUGCACAAAACAACCAAAACUUAUAAAUUGUUUGCUGGUUCCCAAAGGGAGGCGGCCAGAGGGGGCGAGGCAGCGGCUGGAGCCCCGUGUCCCCUUCUCUCUGUAUCAGGCCUUGGUUCUCCGCGGCACCUCUCGAAGCUUGCGCGUGUCCCCAGACCCCAGGACGUAUCUGUUGUACACACAUAUAAAUACCUGUUAUGUUGAUAUAGAUGUAUACUGUAAAUAGCAUAUAUACUUGAGCAAUAUAUAUGUUAAUAUAUACCAUGUGCGCGCUGUGUGGACACGCCCCGCCGGGUGUGCACGUGUGUGUGUGGCCGCCAGGGCCUCUGCCCACCCCGUGGUGGCCGGGCACGCACGUUUUGAGCCACCAUGUAUUUUUAAUUCAAGUAUAUAGGCAAUACGAUGAUUAGGGAAGCCAGUCGGACCCCGCACACCUGGUUUUCAAGGAAACAAGCCCAGGAGCCUGACCCGGGACUGUGCCGAGGGCCUGGUGUGGUCUGCGCCCUGAUUGCCUGCCCCGCUGCCCCCCAGGCGCCCUUGAAAGCUGGCCCCUGCCCUUCCCAACACCUGUUCCCACAGCCAAGGCACCCAAACCCUCGUUUUAUUUGUGGGGGGGACCAUGUUACAGAGGGAGGAGGGGUUGGAAUUUCUUUCUUUUUGACAAAAUAGCCAACCUUCUGGAACAGUCUCCUGUCUGAAGAACGAGGCCGGCUGGGUGGGUCCAAGUCCCUGCUUGGGACCCUUGGGUCCCCCCCGGCAGGGGGCUGGUUUUAUGUUGACAGCUUACCUGAUUAUUUUACCUGCAAGCUUAGAAAUCUCAGGUUCUUUUCCCAGGCGGCCUCCGGAGCUCUGUCAAAAGAAAAGGAUGUGUGACUUGAUGUUUGCGUCGGGAGCUGCUUGGCUUGAGGACGUGGCCCUCCGGCCCUGGCGGCCACGUGGGUGUUUCCAGCUGACUCAGUGGGAACCACAGUGGGCCCUUCAUGUCCCCGACCCCUUUCCUUCUGCCUGUGUGAAGAAGCUGGUUUAUUUCUGUGUUCUCUGCGUGCCUGUGAGUAGGAUAGACAACAGCAUGGUCUCCACAGCUCUCCUGGGGAAGCGUGUGGUCCCCUUGUCCCUUCUUCCAUACCCCUCGCUGGCUCCUUGCUUGCUGGAUAAGUGUCCCCAGACUCCACUCCUCAAGGGAAGUUUGUUUCUCGGUGUGCCGAAGGUUGUCCACCAGCAGUUGCUCAGGGUCGCUCCUCCCUGCCCUGGGGAGUGGGCCAGGCUGGGGCUGGGCUUGUUGGCUCUGGCUGAGGGGGCAGGCGAAGUGGGAAGGAAAACGGUGUUCCUCUCAGCGUAGACCUCCAGGAACCCAGCCAGGCUCCUGGGUGGGCGAGACUGCAGAGAGGAGGGGAGGAGGUGGGCCCUAGGCUGGACCCCGGUGCACAAGCGUGUGUGUGCGCCUUUGUCUCCAUGUCAAUCUCGGGUGAGAAAGGCUCAGUGUAAGCACAUCCCACACCUCGCCCCUCACCUGCCCAAUCUAGAGAGGUGAGAACUUCAGAGUGGGGUGUCAGAGAGGGAGCAGUGACACCCCCCUCCCAUUUAUAAAGAUUUGGCCCAACCCUCAGCAUGGGGCUCCCUUUUUCCCCAGAAGCCCCGGUCUCCCUCAGCCCCCCAGUCCUGACCAGCAAAGGCAUGGGUGCUGUCAGCUCUGCCUGCUUUCUCCUCGGGGGUCUCCAAAGCCCCCAGGGGCGUGCAGACCUGGCCCCGGCAGCCUCCCCUCAACCAAGGUCCAAGUGAGUUGAGAGCCUCCCGAACCACUGGCAUUCUUUUCUCACUGCACUCCAGGAAACAGCAGGCUCCUGGUGGGCAGUGGGAGCUGGGUGCCCAGGGCUGCUGACGUGGCUUCAGGCAGCAUGGCCUCUGCCAUCAGGCAGCAUGGUCACAGUGACCUGUUAGGUUCCCAGCAGGAGGAUGGUUGCUGUGAUGAGGCUUAUGCCCUCUGAGGGGACAGACAGUACUCUGGAGGUCAGGAGACAAGCAGACAGGGAGGGCCAGGCCCCUGCCCCAAGCCACAGGCACCAUUUGCCUGAUAAUCUUAACAGAUGACUGUGUGCCCCUUGCCACCAGCCGCUCUUGGCUGUUUCCCAGGCUUUGGGAGUCCUUGGACCACCUUUUUGAGCUUCCAGAUCUGGAUAUGGAUGGAGUCCUCUAUGGCUUUUUGCAGCCCCAAGCUGGGAGGGGCCCCUGGGCCACCCCUGGUGACAGCAGAGCACCCUAGCCCUGGGACAGGGACUUUCAGUACCACUUCCUGAGUGAAGCACAGGCUGGGGGGUGGGAGGGAAACUCCCCAGUACCUCUGCCCACUGUGAGCAGGGCUGACAGCUGCCGGUCCUUGGCGACCCAGCCACUGAAAAAUGGGGUGGAGGGCUGGCUUGGUGAGCAUGAGGGAGUCUCAGCAGUGAGAAGGCACGAGCCAUGGCCUUUUCAGGUGUCCUGGAUACUGUGCUGACCGACCGUGAGGCAUUAGGCCUGGAGAAGGCAGUCCUUUCCGCUUUAGAGAAGACUGCCUGGGAGGGAAGCCAACCAAGAUGGCUGACGGGAAGGAGAGCGCUGGCUUGAGGGGAGAGGCCAGGGGGUGUCAUUGAGGGUAACUGAGCCCCAGUGUCGCUAGCCAGGAGGAGCUCUGAUGGCGCAGUGGUAAGACAUUUGACUGCUAACUGAAAGGUCGGCGGUUUGAAACCACCUGCGGUUCUGUGGGAGAAAGAUGUCGCACUCUGCUUCCGUAAAGAUUACAGCCUUGGAAACCCUGUGGGGUCACUAUGAGUUGGAAUGGAGUCGGCAGUGGACUUUGGUUCGGGUAGCUAGCCAGAUACCUUUUCCUACAUCCAGAAGCCCACCCCAGCUUUUUUCUUCCUUUCAUUUUCAAAAUAGGGCAGCAAACAGACAAGCUUGCCUAAUGGUCUCUCGUGCCCUUUCCACAGCAUGUGGGGGGAAGCCAUGGGGGGCUGUGGCCUUCAGCAUUGAUGUCCACCCUCCCGUGAAGGCUCUUCUCCUUGGGAAGGUAAAGGUUGGAGCUGUUGGCUGAGGCAGGCAUGCUCUUGGGGCUGGUGACCACAGGAGGUGCCCUGGGUGGGGCAGAAGAAGCCUGAGGCCUGGGCUGUGGUGACCUGGGGCAGCCUGAUGGCAAGGGAGUUUGUGGUGUGGCUCUUGGUAUGAGGGGAGGGGAGGCUGGGUGAGGUGGAACACUGUUUUGUGCGUGCCUGUACGUGUGUUUACACACGUGUAAGCAUGAAUGUGUUAUACAUGUUGUGUGUGUGUGGCACAUGUGUGCAAAUCCCAGGUCCGAGCUCUAGCAUUGGUUCAUUGAGUCCUCGACAGUCUUGCCCCCGGGCCACAUGUACAGGGGUGAUUCAGUGGGUGGGUGGCCCUGGCCCCAGUGGAGAGUGGGGCCCCCAGGGAAGUUUCUCUGGUUAGGAGGGCCCCUCCCCACUUGACUCCUUAAAACUCCUCUCUGGAGGGGGAAGAGGGGCCCCACAGGGAAUCUGCACCCCACCCCACUCCCCAGGCCUGGCAGCCCCUGGACAUGGCAGUCCACACGGCCCUCCUGAAUGGGGAGAUCUGCCCAUGAGGACUCUUCAGAGCCUCUGGUCCUGGAGUCAGCCUGGGAGAGCACCUAGCAAAGGUGGAAACCCAAGGAGAGAUAAAAAAACAGGCCCAAUGCAGUUUCCUUUCCACUGCCUCAGUUUACCUGUUUGAAAGUGGCCCAGAAGAGUUGAGCAGGGUUGUUUCCAAAACAGUGGGGGCUAACUACACGGACUCCCCAAUCCCCUUGCUCUAUGCCAAAAUCAUUUCCGUUAUCCUGAAUGGGGGUGGGUGCGUGGGACGCGCAGGGCGCUGAGGGGCCUCUGCCCUGCCCAGGGCCUCACCUGACGCGCCCUGUGUCACCAGCAGCGCUUACAUCUGCCCCGAGGUCUGGGUGAAGGGGCAAGUGGGCAGCCUCCAGCCCUCCCCCAGGGGCCCUCACGCUUACUCUCUUUGUUGAAGAAACACAAAACCUUCGAGGUUCAUGUACUGUAUGAUGGAGAGAAAAAAGUACCUAAUGUCCCCCAAAACAGUAUAUUUUGUACUUUGUAAAGUGUUAAUUAAAACGAAGGAAAAAAAAAUGAAGGUGGCUGACGGCCGUCUGGUUUCGUGCUGACCCGACAUCUCACUCGUCCCUUUCUCUGUGUGGCGGUCAGGGGACCACAGGCCAGGGGCUGGGCGGGCGUCCAAAUGAUGUUUCAGUCCAACAUCCAGGAUCAGAGGGGAAUCAGCCCCCUGAGAGACAGCACUAGGUGUUUGUUACCUAAUGCUGCCUAAGAAGCCGCCCCAAAACUUCGUGGCCUAACACAGUAAUGACGUAUGCACGUGUCAUG